UCAGAAUUCACCCCAGACCAAGAUUCCCUCUGCAGUAGCCAUGCCAACCACCAUGCUGGGAUUGCUGGGAGUUUUGCUCUGUGCCCUUGCCGUUAGUUCUGAUGUCACGCCACAGCCUGACUUUAACAUCAAGAGGAUGGCUGGGAAAUGGUACCUGAUUGGUAUUGCCACCAGUGAUGAGUGGUUUGUCAACUGUAAGGCUAACUUGAAGAUGGGAGUCGCCAUGCUGACUCCAACUGAUGAAGGAGAUCUGGAGAUGGCAUAUUCUAGUCUCAAUCCUGAUGGAACAUGCUGGAGGAUGAACCAAUUCGUUAAUAAGUCUGAUUUUCCUGGAAUAUUCAGCUUCCACAGCGAACGCUGGGAGACUUACAACAUAACUUUUGUUGAUGUGAAGUAUGAUGAAUAUGCUUUGAUUCACACUCUCAAGACCAAGAACGGCUCCACUACAGUGCUCAGCAAACUCUACGGCCGAACACCCGACCUGAGCCAAGUUGUCUUGGACAAGUUCACUGAAUUUUCUCUGAAUCAAAGCAUUCUGCCGGAGAACAUCACCAUCCUGCCUAAAAAUGGCUUUGAUCACCAGCACACUGCAGCAACGUCAAUACCUGGUGGCUUUACCCCAGAGAAGGUUGUCACUCCAGAAGUGGAGAAGAUCUGCCUUGAGAUGAGCGCAUCCAAACUCCAGGAAAGUGAGGUGAGAAUCAAACACUCUCUGAAUAAGAAUGAGGAGGAGUUUAGAAUCAGAAGGAGGAACACUGUUCAGCAAUGCCUGCAGAAGCUUGGGAUACACUGCAGUCUGAAUGAUGUACCAAACAUUGCAUUACUGGGUUCUGGAGGAGGACAAAGAGCCAUGGUAGGUUUGCUGGGAUCUGUGGUUCAGCUCCAUAAAGUAGGACUUCUGGACUCCAUCCUUUAUCUGAGCGGAGUCUCUGGAUCAACAUGGUGCAUGGCCUCCUUAUAUCAGGAAGCAGACUGGUCUACCAAACUAGAGACUGUGAAAGACAAGAUCAUCCAGAGACUCAGCGGCCCUAAAGUCAGCUGGACAGAUGCAUUUGCCAAACUGAAGAAAUAUUACAAUGAGAAAGACCACUUCAGCUUGACUGACUUCUGGGCAGCGAUGGUCGUCACGACAUAUGUGAAAGAGAUCGAUGAACACACACUCACAGAGCAGUGGAACCAGCAGAGUAAAGACCCGUUUCCCAUCUACACAAUGAUCGACAAACAAAGCAAACAGAAAAAGGAAGCAGACCCCUGGUUCGAGUUCACUCCACAUGAAGCAGGUUAUUCCCUCAUUGGAGCAUUUUUGGGAGUAUCCAACUUUGGCAGUCAGUUUAAAAAAGGCUCUAUGAUGAAGAAGGAGCCUGAAAUUGACAUGCUGUACCUGCAAGCUCUGUGUGGCAGCGCUUUAGCUGAUGGAGAAGAGAUUGUGAAAUUCAUCUGGCAAAAGAUAAAAGAUUUCUUUCAACGUUUGUUUACUCAAAUAAAAAAAAUGCUUCAGGAAACGGGGAAAGAUCCAGACUCUCCACCUGCAGACAAGUUUUGCCAGGUGCUCUUGGACCUUGUGGACAUGAAUCUCUAUGUUUUGGAUGGCAAAGAUCCUUCUGCUCUUGAUGAAUCCAUCAGAACAACGCUGACUGAUCUCGCUGGAGGUGAAGGUCAGCUGAUUUUUCCAGUGGGAGAACUGAAUCUCACUGAUAAAGAAGCUGCAAAACUGUAUAUGGAGCGUUACACCAUGGAUGUAUCCAACAAUUUGAGUGUUUGGUUCAAAUUCUGGCCAUUUGAUCUUUGCUUGAGCAUUAUUAGAAGCAUGGCUAUGUGGAUUUGGGGCAGGAAAUAUGACUUUCUCCACAUCAUGACAGAUGAACCCGUGCCCAUCGCUCUACUGGAAAGUGAGACGAGGGACUUUAUAGAUGCUGGACUGUUGCUCAACUCACCCUACUUCUCAGUGCUGAGAAAAGAUAGAAAAGUUGACCUCAUCAUUUCCCUGGAUUUCAGUGAUGGUGAUCCUUUCAUGACAGUUAAGAAAGCUGCUGAGAUGUGCAGGGAACAAAACAUCCCUUUCCCUGAGGUCAACAUACCCAGUGAGGAUUUAGAGAAACCGAAAGACUUCUAUGUGUUCAAAGGCCAAAAUGUUCCAACUGUGAUCCACAUCCCUCUCUUUAAUGUGGUCAACUGUGGAGAUAAAAUUGAGGACUGGAGGAGCAAAUAUAAGACUUUUCAAGGUUCUUACAGUGCUGAGAUGAUCACUGAUCUUAUGGACGUAGCUGGAAAGAACAUUGCAAACAAUAAAGAAAAUUUGAAGAAAGUGAUUCGUGCAAUCGUUGAGCAAAAACAGAGAAAAGCUUACACAAAACAUGACAGUGAUGUAUCUAAAUACAGACUAAACUGAUCUGCAUAUAGUUGAUUUAACAAUAAAUGGUGUUUCAUUUCUUCUCUUAA